GGAAGGAUCGCGAGGUCCCAUCCUCUUCACUGUCGCUCAUCCGGUCCGGGGGGAGCUACAGCGCAGUCAGCCAUCAAGUUGUCGCAACUACACGGCCGUCGUUGCGGGCGGCUGCUGGCCGUUCGCUGCCUCCCGCAGGUGAACUGAGACAAAAAUCCCGCGCGACAAUAUGCGUGCCGGAUAAGUUCUAAGAAGGCGCGCUUAAUUCGACUCUCUGUCUGUUGGGAAAGAGAGCGGAAGGAAAAAGAGAGGAAAGCGAAACGAAGUACAGACGGGUUCACUUUGACCGGCUAUGAAUCGACCCGAUAUGGCAACAAUGUCCGACCACGAGGAUACAGUGGCAGGCUCGGGGUACUCCACCCCUGUUCCCGAGCUUGAUGACCACCGGAACCAGACGGCUUCGGUCCAGCGAUCUGACCGUUCUCGUCGGGGCACCUUCGACUCGCUGUACGGCUCUCGCGUUUUGGCAUCCGGAGCCACUCCUGGCGAGCCGCGAGUUCGAGAUUUUGAGGAAGCUGUCGUUGACGAAGAGGCUGGCGAACACUCGCCGACGCUCCGCCGGGCCCGCCGCCCGACUGUCGAAUCGCACUCCGUUCGGUCGUCGUCGCCGCCGAAUUCGGUCAAAGCGUUUGCCGAGGCUCGUCGUCAGCGUGGCUUUUCCUUCACGGAGUCGAAGCCCGAGCGCAAGCCCGAUGAUCCUGAGCUGCAGCGGACCGCGUCGAUCGCCAGUCGCCUGAGCUACCGCAGCAAGCCGCACACCGUCGACAACGCGGACGCUGCGAGUUUGGCCACGAACCGGUCUGCCGAAGAAGAUGUUUGCUUUCCCGUGCAGGACGAGCAGAGGGGCGACCGUCUGCACAUAGACUUCGAUUACCUCGAGAGCUUCAUGAGGGCCGAGCGCGAGGCUCGUCAGAUGGCACGUCGUCCCUCGGCCGCUCGGGUGUUCCCUGACCUGCGAUCCGAAGCCGCUCAGGCAGCCGCUCCGCUGCCAAUGGUCACGAUCGACGGCGACUUUCUGGACACGCCAUGCAGCAGCGAGACCAAGUCCGAGAAGGCCGAGGCGCGGGAACCGGAGGAGCAGGCCAAACCGAUGCAGCCGUCCCAAGCCGAUAGCCGGGUGAGCUUCUUCUCCUCGGCGUGGGAAUCGACCAUUCAUGCCUCCGAUCUCGAAGGCCUGAUCCUGCCUGGGGAGGACAUUCGUGGCCUGUUCACUUUCCCCAAGGGCGAGACCGAUGGCGUCUGGUGGCUCAACAUGACCAAGCCCUCUGAGGAGGAGGUGCGUGCGAUUUGCCGAGCCUUUGGAAUCCAUCCCUUGACCGCCGAAGACAUCACGACGCAAGAAUCUCGCGAGAAGAUCGAGCUCUUUCCGUCGUACUACUUUGCCUGUUUCCGAUCCUUCUACAUCGAGGUCGACCCGGAGACGAAGGAGCGCGAGUUUGUGCCCUAUAACAUCUACGUCGUUGUCUUCCGCGAGGGCACGUUGAGCUUCAGCUACGCAAACAACUCGCAUGCGCAGCACGUGUGGAAGAGAAUCGCCAUGCUGAAGGACUACGUCGCGCUGAGCAGCGACUGGAUCUGCUACGCCUUGAUCGACGACAUUGUGGACUGCUUUGCGCCGGUCAUUAGCAAGCUGGAAGCCGAUUCCGAUCAGAUUGAGGACGAGGUGUUCAUUGCCCGCACGGAUGACAUGGCACAGUUUCUGCGCAAGAUCGGCACCGCCCGCAAGAACACCAUGGCCUUGAUGCGACUGCUCGGCGGUAAGGCCGACGUCCUGAAGGGCUUCACCAAGCGAUGCAACGAGAACUACAAGGUCACGCCGCGCAUGGACAUUGGGCUGUACCUCGGUGACAUCCAGGACCACGUGGUCACCAUGAUGAACAACCUCGGACACUUCGAGAAGAUGCUGUCUCGCGCACACAGCAACUACCUCGCUCAGAUCUCGAUCGACGGCAUCACCCAGGGCACCAACACCAACAAAGUGCUGAGCAAGAUCACGCUCCUGGCGUCCAUCAUCGUGCCGCUGAACGUCAUCACGGGUCUCUUUGGCAUGAACGUCGAGGUUCCCUGGCGGGAUGUCGACUCGCUGGUGCCGUUCUUGACCAUUCUGGGCUGCUUCAUUGCCUUCACGGUCAUCUGUUCCUAUGCGGCCUACAGGAUGAGGAUGCUCUGAGCUGAUAGACAGCGGUGGAAUAUGUCGAGUCGGCUGCAUGUCCGGGUAGAGUUGGACAGGGCGAAAACGGGUGUUAGUAGCAUUCCUCUUUCACUUUCUUUCUCAUUUUCUGCGUAUAGAGAUGUUGCUCAGCAUUGCUGUUCAGAGAUGCCUGUCUAGACGUCUUGACCUCGACAAUGGUGUCUUUAAAUUUAAUAUAGUUCACAGCAGCAUCGAAUGCUGUUGAGAAAUGUGUGUCUCGUUACAGAGUCGACAUGAAGUGAUAGCUCUCGGUCCAAGUGGAUCUUCCUUUGCUCGUUCUCUGCAGUGAU